AGUCCAUUGCCCUUUACUUUCUGUUUUUCCAUCUAAUUCUCAGUAUGGUUUUGCCAUUCGUUAGAAUUAUAUAUAGGUAUUAAUUACAUAAAAAUUCUAAAUGGACCCACAAUUUUCCAUGUGGUCAAAUUUCUCUCUAUUUGGAUCAACAAUGUUCAACUUUUCUCUGAGAGUCUACAAAAUGACAUCUGCUUUACUUACUUGGUUCGAGCCUUGGAAAAUGCUUCUCGCAUAAAUUCAAAUAUAUGUAAAGCCUUGGUGUAAUUGGUAAAGCUAUUUUCAUGUGAUACAGGUUAGAGCGUGAAAAAUGCCUCUCGCAUAAAUAAAAGAAAGGGGCAUUUGGUUGAUUGCCAUGAAAAUCCCUCCAAAGAAACCUCAUUUUUUCAAACCCCUUCAGAAAGGUUUCAAGCAUGGUCUAAAAAUUCCUACAGGUUUCUUGAAGUAUCUGAAGGGACAAGAUCAAAUUGAACAUGCAGUACUGAGAAAGGGGGUAAAAAAUUGGUUGGUGAAGGUGAACUGCGGCCGAUUCGAAGCAGGUUGGGCUGCAUUUGUAGAAGAACAUGAUUUGCAAUUGGGAGAUUUGUUGAUUUUCAGACAUGAAGGAGACAUGGAAUUUAAAGUUUCCAUCUUUGAUUCAAGUCAUUGCAACAGAGAGUAUGCAGAGUAUCUGCAGGAAGAAGAAGGAUCCGAUAAUGUUGAAGAAAUUUCCAAGAAUUUUAAAUUGAAAGAUGCUGGUACUCACAACCCUUGCGAUCAAUCUCAUUUUGAGUGCACUGUCAAACCAUAUUGUAUUUCAAAUGGUUACUUGCGCCUUCCUAAAGAAUUUGCAAUGGAAAACAAUCUCAUCAACAAGAAACGUUGUCUGAUUAUCAGAGAUGAAAGACAAAGAUCAUGGAAUUUAAGGCUAGCUACCCAUAAUUCUAGAGUCCAUAUAUUUGGAGGAUGGUCUAAAUUCCGCAUUGCGAAUGACUUAAAGGAGGGAGAUUAUAUGAUGUUUGAGGUUAUUGCUGAUGGAGAAAAACCAAUAUGGAAAUUUCACGGAAAGGAUAAGAAAGGGCAAUCUCCUAGAGGACCCUCCUUUGCUCUAUCUAACUCGGCAUGCGCUCCUUCCGGCCCUGCGAGAAACCAAGCAAACAGGUGGAAAUGUGAGUUCAAAGGUAAGGGAUCUUUAGAGUCCGACCGAGAUGCAGACAAACCAACCUCCAACGUCGUGUGAACAAGAAAGGUUUUUCCCAAGGAAGAAUCUGCAACGCACAGCUCUUUUGGUCAAUCUCAUUUUGUAUGCAUUGUCAGGCCGUAUUGCCUUUCAAAGAAUCACUUGUACCUUCCUAAACGAUUUGCUCGGGAAAAUGGUCUCAUCAACAAGAAAUGUGAUUUGGUCAUUAGCGAUGAAAGACAAAGAUCAUGGAAUUUAAAGUUGAAUACCUACAAUCAUGGAGUCUAUAUUAGAGAGGGGUGGCAUGGACUUUGUGUUGAUAAUGACUUGAAAGAGGGAGAUUGCAUAAAGUUUGAGGUUGUUACUAAUGGAGGGAAACCAAUCUGGAAAUUUCAUGGAGCUGCCAAUCACAAGCCUUUUGGUCAAUCACAUUUUGUAUGCAUUGUUAGACGCUAUUGCCUCGUCAAUGAUUUCUUG